UUUGCCGACUGAAAAUCCUCCUCAAGACAAUCCGCUGUUGAGAUUCCAACGAAGUAAAUUGUUUUCUUUUUUGUCGUAAAGCUGUUGUUUAGGAAACGAAUUAUACUCGUCCUGCAUAUUUCUGAUAUCAGCCAAAGUAGCUCUUCCGGUUAGAUUGCUCUCCCAUGGCUGGCAGAAGGGUGGUGGUCUUCCCCUCCUCGGCGGAGCUCGGUCCCGUGCUGGCCCAGCUGGUGACAUCUCGGGCUGAGAAAGCCAUCGUCGCUCAUGGCAGGUUCACCCUGGGCCUCUCCGGAGGAAGCCUCGCGUCCAUGCUCAGCAAAGAGCUGCUUGCUCUGCCGGUGCUGGACUGCAGCAAGUGGGUGGUCGGUUUCUGUGACGAGCGGCUGGUCGCCUUCGAUGAUCCCGAGAGCACCUACGGGCUGUACAAGAGUCAGCUGUUUUCCAAGGUCAACAUCCCUGACAGCGGGAUCUUAACCAUUGAGCCCGGUCUGCCAGUCAACGAGUGUGCAGAGGAUUACACCCAUAAACUGAAGGAGGCCUUUCCAGGUGAUGACUUCCCAGUGUUUGACCUGUUGCUGCUUGGCAUGGGGCCUGAUGGACACACCUGUUCCCUCUUCCCAGAUCACCCGCUGCUAGAGGAAACCGAGAAGAUUGUGGCCCCCAUCAGCGACUCUCCCAAACCACCGCCACAGCGCGUAACUAUGACGUUUCCAGUGGUGAACUCCGCCCACUGUGUGGCUUUUGUAUCAACGGGAGGAAGCAAAGCGCCCAUUUUGAAGGAAGUGCUGGAGGGCAGACAGGGUCCGGCGCUUCCAGCGGCCCGUGUUGUCCCGACCAGCGGCGAGCUGCUCUGGCUUGUCGACAACCCUGCUGCUGCUUCCUUAACUAUCCAGGUAGAGAGGUUAGGAUCAGGGGCCAAACUCUAGAGCGUCCCGCCCCGUCUGCCAAACGAAGGCUGGAAGUCAACACUGCCGUGAAAACCUAAUUGAAGAAACUGGAUAAUAGUGCAGAACAUUCCUACUUUCUGAUAAAGGGGUAAUUGUUUUCCGUAGGUGAGAUGGUAAGCUAGGGAGAGGAACAAGAAAGGUAUUGUGGGUGCUUUUUUGAUAAUUGUUCGUACAUGUCUGGUGUGGUUAAGCUUCAUUCAAGGCCCACUCUACUCAAAAAGCUUAUUAUUUAUUUAGUUGGACAGUUACUGUACAGAAUAAAGUACAAUUUAACAUUAAAAGUCAGUCAUGAUCCAAAUUUUUCAGUGAACAAAAGUGUGAUAAGAAAAGUUGAAAACUGCAGCAAACUCUGAGAAUAAAGGAUAUUAAAUCAAUA